UUGUCAAAAUUCUCAUGAAGCGCUUUAUAACUUUUAUUUUAUUUAGUUGACUGGAUAUCAACUUUAAUCAGUGACAUAAUUACAUAUUAGUCUAUUUUUGUGGAAUUUUAAAACAUGAUUGUGAAAAAAAAAUGUAUUCAAAAUCAAAUAAUGUUAAUUAAAAAAAAGAUGCUGUGCUGCGAUUGGUCAUUACAAUUCUGGGAUGCUCUGGGAUUGGUUGCUAAGAUGAUGGCGUUUUAGCGAUUCCUGACCUAAGGUAGUUUAGAAGAACCUGCGCCUUUCUUCCGCGUAUUACGGUAUUAUUUUUUUUAUGUCAUCACUUCCGUAAAGCAAGGGCUUGCGUUGUUUAUGUCUUCUUACGGCACCAAUUAACUGUUGCUAGCUUAAAAUCUGGCUUCAUAAACACCACAGAGCAAAUGGAAAGAAAUGCAGCGUGUGAGCGCUCAGCGGGCCUAACUAACUGUCUGUUACCGCCCGCCGGAGACCCGCUGAAGCCCAACGGUUCCUCCGCCCUCCUGGUUUUUUAAAGUUUACACAAAUUUUUCAGGGACUGGCUGGCUCAUCAUGUUGAACGGCGUGGCUCUGCGCUCCCAGAUCGCCUCCGUGGUUGAUGCCCUGGCCAAAGCAGCUGUGGCAGAGAUCUUCAAAGUUGUGGAGGACGGCAUGGUGGUGCUGCGGCUGGAGAUGUGCCAGCGGGAGGAUGAGAUCGAGAGGCUGAAGAGCAGCAUGGAGGUCCUGCAUGGAGAGCUGCGGGCGGCGCGGCAGGCGGAGACCCACCGGCUGGAGCACCGCGGAGGAGACGAAAGUCAGAGGGGUGUUGGAGAUGAGAAGAUCUUGGUUGAGAAGGUUCCCUCUGUGGAAAACCAUAGCAUGUCAUCUGUACCUGAAGCACAAAAUAAAGGUGAACUUGUGAAGGAGGGAAACGAGGACAGCAGAGGACAGCUGGACAGGCCAGUUGAAGGGUCUCUGUAUGGAGGUGGGCAGUGGAGGCCAGGGGUGCCGAAGGAGGCUGGAGGCAGCAGCUCUGAAUACUUAACUCUAGGUCAAAACUCCUUGUCGUGUCUCUCCGAGCCUUCGUUGGAUGGCGGGCUUGUUCUGUCCUGCAGCAGCUCCGGCGGGUUUCCACAGAGCCCCUUCAGCCGCGGCCUGCUGGGUUACAACCAGUACAGGAACACCGUGCGCAGGCGGACGGUGAAGAGGCUGAUGUUCAAGAAAGGUUUCAUCUGUCCGUACUGCGGCAAGUGCUUCGAGCGAGCUGGACACCUGGAGAGACACAAGCGGAUUCACACGGGUGAGAAACCGUAUCGCUGCGAGAUCUGCGGACGGCGGUUCAACCAGAAGUGCAGCCUUAAAGAGCACAUGAAGAUUCACAGAAGAGGUCUUCAGACGAGACCAGGAGAGGUCCAGAUGAGCCAACAAAUCCCAAUCCCACAGGUGAAUCCAUGUAUGGAACAGCAUCGGCCUGAAGAGGUUAGCCAGGUGAAGGCCGAUGAUAACCAAACAAAGUCUGAAGAAGUUCUGCCAUCAUCCGUGCAGGUAAAAUCUGAGCCGGUCGAGGAAAAUAUUACUCAGCCGCAGCUUCAUGUGGAAAACAAUCAGGCAACAAACAGAGCUGACAACCUGGGUGAAAACGUAACAUCAGUGGAUCAAGGCAGCCAACUGUGGGCAUCCAGGUUACAGAACAAUCCGACAGAGUUUCUAAACAGCUCGUCGCAGAACAUGUCUUCCUUCCCUGCCAUUACUCAGUUACUCCAGCCACCAGAGGAAACUUCCUAUAGCAACUUUUCCGUCCGAGGAAAAAUGUACGGGCAGCUGAAAACCUCCACCGUCCCUCAGACGCCUUAUGGGUGUUCAGGGUCGGUCAUCAUCUCCAGUAACCCCGACUUGCAAGACGCGACAGAGGCCUCAAACCACCUCAGCGAGAGGAAAAACCGUCCGUUUCGAGUUCUGAAACCAAAGAAAUGCUUUGUCUGCACCUACUGCGGGAAGGUGUUUGAGCGAGCCGGACACCUGGAGAGACACCUGCGGAUUCAUACUGGGGAGAAACCGUACGGCUGCCAUAUCUGCGGGAGGUGCUUCAACCAGAAGAGCAGCCUCAAAGGUCACAUGAAGACUCACAGAAACGGGACGACGACAGACAUGCUGGAGGCCCAUCACCUGAUGUUCUCGGUGUCCGACAAUCAGCUGAUGGAGAGUUACAUGGAAAGCAGUAACGGGCCAACAGCUGCGGACGAGCCGUUUCCCGCCCCGGCGUACGCUCACUCCAUUAAGGAGGAGCCGCUGGCGGUGAAGCUGGAGCCCAGCGACGAAAACUUCCUCUCCGUGUCUCAGGUGGGGACGGACAACAGAGCCGCAGCAGCAGACAAAAGUUUACUGUGGACGUCUGCAGUGGAGGAAAGCAUCGACAGCCCAGAUCAACCAGUCUGUGUACUUUUACAAGAUGUGAAGUACCACCUCAGUUCUCCUGCAGGGGGAGCCAGUGAGCAGCAGGGCUGCACCUCAAAGGAUUUGGCUUUUAUAGACAACAAAGCAAAGGAGGAUCAAUUUUCGGCUGUGGGAUUGCAGCAAAGGACUUCAAAUGUAAGUCACGAUCUGGCUGGAAGGGAUUUCUGCUUGGAGAGCGGCAACGGCGUGAACCAAGAUGGCGUCUACGAGUUUACCCUGAAAGCAUCGGACAGCUUCGGGGAGAGCUGCAGCACAGACCCCGCCAGACAGAACUACAUCUGCUCCAGCUGUGGGCAAAGCUUUGACAGUUUCCAUAUUUUCCAGGAGCAUCAGUGUGAGAAACUCCCAGAGCAGCCGUUGAGCUGCGAGAUGUGUGGAAAAACUUUCAACCAGCUGAGCAUCCUGAAGCUGCACCUUAAGCUACAUGCUAAAUAAAUAUGGCAGUUUUAUAUUUGGUACAUUUUCACUGUCUUUCACCGUUUUUAGCUGCAAGAAAAAAAAAGAUAAAACAUUAAUUUUACUUAUUAGCCACAUUUUUGUCACUUUAACUGUAUAUUUUUUAUAAAGAAAAAUCAAAGAAAACAUAAAGAAUUAUUAAUACCUCCUGUUUACCAACAUUAUUUCAGAUUUUUGUCUGUUUUUGUCUGUUGGUAAAAUUAAGAAAAACAAUCUGUUCAUUUCCAAGAAAUCUUCUGUAAAUGUAGAGCUUUGGUGAAACAAAAUCACAUUUGAAUCAUCUGCUUAUUACUUGAGACCAUAUUCCUAAAAUAAUUACGAAAAAAUACAUAUUCCCUGAAAUAUGAGCCCAUUGCGCAGCUGUGACAAAAGGAAAGUACACCUUCUCUCAACUAUAGAACUUUAUGUAUAAGGGCAUAAUAAAAAUUUUAAUUUUCUCCCCCUCCCAUUUAUGUACCCUUAAGUUUACGAAAACAUUUUUAGUGUUAUUUUUAAAACAAAGAUGAAGCCAAAAUAAAAAUGAAAAAAUAUUCAUGUAGAAACUAAACAAAGUUAAAGUCAAGUGGUGCUAAUCAACUACACUUGAUUGCUUGGUUUUCAGCAAGUGUUUGGCAGUUUGCUGCUCUGUAGGUGUGGGCGUGUGUGUGUGUGUGUGUGGGUGUGUGUGUGGGUGGGUGCGCGUGCGUGGGUGUGUGUGUGUUAAUACAGUGUGAGGCAGGAAAGACAUCAGUAAUGACCUUUGAGAGGCAAUUGCUGCUUGGAAAUUUGUAGUUGAUCAAUCCGGAGAGAACACAAUUAUUUACAUCUGCAAGUCUUCCCAGGAGUGGACGUCCCUACAGAAUCACCCACAAGUCCAAAUGUUCAAUGAUCAAAAAAAUGACAAAAAGUCCAGAUCAGUUUCAGUGUUCAACAUUAAAGUUUAUUACAGUUUGGUUAGAAACAGACUAAAUUAAGCUUUCUUCUUUGAGAGAAAGCAACUUUCUGUGUAUUCCAGCUUCCUCCCACUGUUCAAAAACACAACUGUUGGUUCAACUGGUGUCUUUAAGGGUGCGUUCACACCAGUCCUGUUUAGUCCUCUUUAAUCUAAUUCUAGUUUGUUUGCUAAGAUAGUCUAGUUUGUUUGCGGAGGUGUUGAUUCUUAUCCGCCUAAAAAUCUAGAUCUGUGGUUCAGUUGACGUGAACUCUGGUGCAGUUCAAAUGAAUAUGUGAACGCCAAGCAGACCGGAGUCUGCUCCAAAAGCAGGAAGCGAACUACAGCGCAGAGCAUUCUGGGUAAAUGCAGUCAAAACUAACAUGAGAGUCUAGCGAUAGACAAAGACAAAAGAGAAAUCAUACAACCUCUAAAAUCUGACGCUACUCCAUUUUUGUUUACAUUUUCUAAAAAAGGAAGUUGCAUUCAGUGUCUUCUUCAGAAGUUUUUGCGUUGUUUCCUUCAGUUGUUCUAGGUGUAGCGCCCCUACAGGCGAAGAGAAGAACAGGUUCUCUUAGGGUUUGGUUUGGUUGACAGUGCAGUGUGAAAACAAACCACAUCAGCUGGAAAUGUAGCAAAUGUUGCAACUUUGGCCCCCAAUCAAACAUCUACUGGACUAUCAGGUUUGAAAACAAAAUAAUUACCGUUAUGUGAGUGUGUGCAUUUUUCUACACUUUUUUAUUUUGGCUUCAUCUUUGUUUAUUAAAUAUUAACAAUACAGAAUGUGUGUUAUUGUUGGUUUAGGUUAUAUUUAAACUAUUUUAAUACGUGAAACUAACCGGAUUGUCCUGAUAUUAAACAACCUUGGGAGUGUGUAAUUUAAUUUGCAAUGAAUUUACAUGUUUACUUGGCAUCCUUACUGAAAUCAAAUCAGUGUUUGUAUUGUUAAAAAACACAGUAAAGCCCAUUUCUGGUAAAUCAGAUUUCAGGUUUCUCCAUAUUUUAAACUGGUGUUGAAAUAAGUAUUUAUAUUAUAAACUUUUAAGGUAAAACAUUUUUUUUUUAUUCAAGUUACCUUCUGGUGAAAGUCUGUCCAACUAAGAAAAGCAGAUAAUCCUGUUUGUCUUACUUUAUUCAGUAAAUAUGUACCAAGGUUGCUAAAUUCGUUUCCAUGGAAACAUCAUGUCGUAAAUCUGUAAUAAUAGAAAAGUAAGAUUAUGUUUUAAGGCUUCGAUCAAUGUGAAAAUGAAGACUAAAUGCUGUUUUUGAACUGUGGAGAUAUUUUGUAUGCAUAUGGCAUGAAUACAGCAUUACAUUUACACUUUGCACAUUUAAAUGGACGAUUAAUGUUUUCUCACCAGAACUCUGACUUUAAUUUCAGAAUUAUGAGAUUAAUUCUUUCAGAAUUCUGUCAAAAAAGUCAGAAUUUUGAGAUUAGAGUCAAACUUUGAUCAAACAAACACAGUUUUACCUGACUGAUAUGAAAGAUUUUUGUUUGUACCAGGUGACAGUUAAAGUUGUUAUUUUCUGGUAAAAUAAAGGUACAAAAAUUAUUUAAAUAGCAACAGAUUCCAUAGUCUGCCUCUUUAGUGUUAUUGUCUCUUAUAACUGUAAUGCUUCCUCAUUUCUUAUUUUGUAUUUUGUUAACAUCUGAUCAGAUCAGUUACUGUCUUUACAUGACAACGACAAUGAUAAUCAUUUGUGUUAGUUGAAUAUGUUGAGUAAGUAUGAUUGUGGUCAAUUUUAUGUCUUUUUGUAUUUUGUAAAUAAACAUCAGAUGAUUUCUGAA